AGCGGGAUUGCACAUUUUAUUCCAAAUUAUGAUGUAUUCCGGAGCCAGCGUCGGCUUGGAUGGGCCGACAGAGCCCGGCCGGCGGCUGCUCUGUCCGAAGGCCAGUUUGUGCCUUGGUUGUUUGAGGGGAUCGGUGGCGAGUGGGAGGCUGUUCCAGGCGCGAAGCUGAGCAGCGCUCGCCGAGGCCCGAGCCUUCACGCCGGUAGCCCCGGGCUUCGGUUCCCGCCACACUUCGGCCACGUCCAUUUCUGGUCAGUUUCAUGGGUGCGGCCUCCAGGGUCCGGGGAGAGGCCAGGAGAGGACAAUGGGCAAUUCUCCAGGCCUCGCGCCUAGGGUGGGGACCCUCGGGAUCCCCUCCGGGGAACAUUUUCCUGCCCCUCUCGGGUGAGCGACAUCCCCGCGGGGGUCCGGGACCGUCACGAUGGCGAGCACCGCGGAGCCCGGGCUCGGUGGAGGGAUGGGGUUACUGCUGUCCGUGCUCGGGAUGAGAGGACUUCGUUUUGCCAGUUAGUGUGCUUGUUAAUACCAUCACCAUCACAAUCGUCAUCAUUAAUACCCUAUUUUAAUUAAAAUAAUCGUCCGAGACCGCAGCAGAUUGUCCCUUUUAGCUUAUUUGGAGGGAGAACAAAGCAGCGCUGCUGCCCGCCCGCAGCUGUUUUUCAAGUUGCAGAGUUUGGGGUAGGCAGAGAAAAUGGAGAGAGGGACGGACGCAGAGGCUCCGUCAUAAAACGAACGUUAUCCCCGAACUAACGCCUGCAAAGGGUGGAUUUUUUCUCCCUUUUUUUCUCCCCGCCUUCGUUUGGAUUAGAGGAGGAGAAAGUCUUCUGCAUUGUAUUGAAACCCAGGGAAGAAUUAUUCCUAUAUUUCCACCAAAGCUACGGCAAACAGAAGGAGGCCUUCACGAUUAGAAUAGAAGGAAGACUUCGAUGUGUGAUCAUAAACUGGACGAUUUAGGCAAAACAAAUUAAACAAAACCCACUGGGGAAAAAAUAAAAGCAAACGAAAUCGGCUACACCCUUGGAAGCAGUAUCGGGUUUGUUUUUAGCCUCUCUUCCUUUUGCCUUGUUUAUUGCUGCAACAAAUUAUUAGAAUUCCCCCUACUCUGCCUGUCUAAACCCCUGAAAAAAAUCGAAAAUCGUUUUGUAGUGGUGGUAAAGGUGAGGAAUUUCUUUUCCUUUCUUUUCUUUCUUUCCUUUCUCCCCCUUUCCUUUCUUUUUUUUCUUUUCUUAAUCAGUAGGAAGAAAAGAAGGGACCUGAAUAGACCAUAUUCGACCCCUCCACCCCAAUCCUAUAGGAAAGUACAGUCCUUGGAAUUGGGUUGCGGUUUCACUUUGAGCUGGAGGUGGGUGGGGGUCGUGGAGAGAAUAGGAGUCUCCAAAGUUCUGCCAAACCGACCAGGGUAGCCUUUUUCGACACAUCCUCCCACUCAGCCACAUCAAGCCCGGGAGUACCCUUCGCGAUGUGGCGGCAGCUCCAGCUUGGCCCGGGGUACUGAGCCGACCGCGUAGACACGUCGGUGCUUAGAAAACAAACUCGGCCACACUGAACCAGAUCGAUCCCAGUUGGAGGGUUCGAAAAUGUUCUGGGCAGCCUGCCGGGAGGGGUGGUUGUUGUUGGACUAAAUAGUUAUUCCUGAUUGGUCAGGUGUAGGGUUCCUUUUUAUUGGGGGUUGUGGGGCGGCUGCAAACACCUGCAUGUUGGGGGCGGAAAACUGUUCGCUAUUCCCUGGGCUGGUUAUCCGGGGACAUGAGGUAACUCCCAGCCAUUGACCCCCAUUUCUCUCUCUCCCUCCCUCUCGCCCUCCCUCUUUCUCUCCACCCCCCAUCUUUCCUGGAAACUCGCUCUGGGCGCGGCAGACCGCGGAGGACCACACCGCAGCCUAACUGCCGGCCUCGCAGCGAGAGAGGGGGAGAGCAAAGACCCCAGUCCACAGCCUCGACAUCGGCCUCCGCCCUGCUCAGGCGGAGGAGUGGAGAUCCUAUUCAGAGGGGGUGGUAUCUCUAAAUAUGCCCCAGGUGAGUUUUUGGAGUGGGAGAUGGUGUCGGUGGAAACAAUGUCCAGAAAGGCCUUGGGUUCCGGCCCGGGUUUGGGGAGGCUCAGGACGAGGACAGCCCAGUCUCAGAUUGGGGGAGGGGAGAGCAGCGCUGGGCUCGGGCUCGGAAUCUGAACUGCAGCUAGCGGCCUCUGUGGCCUGGAAGCAGGGCCCUUUCCUUUUUUCCUCCCUGGCUAAAACCUGCUGGCUGGAUCUACUCCUCCAGGCCUGUCCCAUCGGUCUGGGUUCUGUGGACGUUUCAUAAGGCCAGUAACUUUGGGGCGGCUAUAUCCGGGUGGUGCAGGCGAUGUCUGGAUUUAGAGCAGGAAAAAGGCUGCAGCCUGGCUGGCUAGCGCAGUCCCCGCCGGUGGGCCCUGACCCGGAGCCUGAGGCCUAGGGCGGGGCCGCGCUGGAACACCCUUCCGCGCCCGCAGCCGUGGGGGUGGGGGUGCAGUUCACUUGCGGUUUUGGUUCUGGUGCAAGCUUGGGGCUACCCCAGGUUGUCUUGAGAGUGUGGGUGCAGUAGGAGGGACCCGAGGCCGCGUCUAAGGCGAUGGCUGUUUUCAUCUAAGAAAUUCUCUGUGCCGGAGAUAGGGAGCUGCUGGAGACCCCUCGCUUACCCCGGCCGGAGCUCCGGGCUCUCCUGUCUCGGUCAGGCCGCGGGGAAACGCUCCGGCCCUCUGGCAACUGGCGCCGAGGAUUCGGUGGUAGGGGCUGCGAGCUAGGUCUCCGCGGCACAAAGAGAGGAGUCGCCAUGGUCGAAUACUCUAGGGCCCUGCGACUUAGUGCGAAACCUUCUCCCUUCUCUUCCAUCCUCCCCAAAUAAAAACAAAUAAAUGGAAAUCACUCAGGCUUUCUUUUCUGUAAUCUUAACCCAAGCCAAGUGAUGCCGUUUAAUUGGCGACAACGUUCGGUGCUCGAUUCGGAGUUUUCCGGUGGCUGCCUCGGCCAGGGUGAUCCCGGUAGCAGAAGAGCGGGCGGAUUUUCCUGGGAUCCGGGAGGGCCCGGGAGACGUCCGCCUGGGGGGACGUGGACCUGGGGGGGGCCAAUCAUACCUUUCUCACAGGGAGAGUUGGAGAUAUGGAUAUUUAUAGGCGUCUGGUGAGGGCAUUUGGGGCCAGGAUCAAUUCAUCUGGAAUAUGUACUCACUCCCCGUUGCCCCUCGGGAACCCGCUCCUAUUGCGCGGAGCUGAGGAAUUAAUCAGAGGGUAUAAGUGUGUCAUAACAGAGCUUAAGCUCAGUCUGCAAUUGCAGGGCACAUUGUCACUCGGUUAGAAGCUGGAGCUGAAGCACAGGUCACGGGCACACGCUGGUGUGUCGGGACAAUGAGGUUUCUGGGCAGGUGUCUGGCGGUAGGCUGCGGGUGGGUGUUGCAGAAAGGCGAAGGGAGGUUCCAAAAGCACUCCUGCCUGAUAGAGUCCCAGGCCAAACCGAAGGCGACCAGGAAGAACCCCGCUGGGAAUUUGUCCCCUCCUCUUCUCUCCCGCUCCGAGUAGGGGGACGGGGAUGACGGAGCGGCCGCCGAGCGAGGCGGCUCGCAGUGACCCCCCGCUAGAGGGACGGGACGCGGCCGAGGCCCGCAUGGCCCCCCCGCACCUGGUCCUGCUGAACGGCGUCGCCAAGGAGACGAGCCGCGCGGCCCCAGCGGAGCCCCCAGUCAUCGAGCUGGGCUCGCGCGCCGGCCCGGGGGGCGGCCCCGCCGGUGGGGGCGGCGCCGGCAGAGACUUAAAGGGCCGCGACGCGGCGGCGGCCGAAGCGCGCCUUCGGGUGCCCACCACCGAGCUGUGCAGACCUCCCGGGCCCGCGCCGGCCCCCGCACCCGCCUCGGCCCCCGCGGAGCUGCCCAGCGACAGCCGCAUGGUGCAGCUGAGCCCGCCCGCGCUGGCGGCCCCCGCCGCCCCCGGCCGCGCGCUGCUCUACAGCCUCAGCCAGCCGCUGGCCUCGCUCGGCAGUGGGUUCUUUGGGGAGCCUGAUGCCUUCCCUAUGUUCACUGCCAACAACCGAGUGAAGAGGAGACCCUCCCCCUAUGAGAUGGAGAUUACUGACGGUCCCCACACCAAAGUUGUGCGGCGCAUCUUUACCAACAGCCGGGAGCGGUGGCGGCAGCAGAAUGUGAAUGGGGCGUUUGCUGAGCUCCGCAAGCUCAUCCCCACUCAUCCCCCAGACAAGAAGCUCAGCAAGAAUGAGAUCCUCCGCCUGGCCAUGAAAUACAUUAACUUCCUGGCCAAGCUGCUCAAUGACCAGGAGGAGGAGGGCAGCCAGCGGGCCAAGCCUGGCAAGGACCCUGUGGUGGGGGGUGGCGGGGGUGCAGGGGGUGGAGGAGGUGGUGCGCCCCCAGACGACCUCCUGCAGGAUGUGCUUUCCCCUAACUCCAGCUGUGGCAGCUCCCUGGACGGAGCAGCCAGCCCGGACAGCUACACAGAGGAGCCAGCACCCAAGCACACGGCCCGCAGCCUGCAUCCGGCCAUGCUGCCUGCCACUGAUGGAGCUGGCCCGCGGUGAUGGGCCUGGACCACCCGGAUCAGCCAGGAGGAUGCCCUUAGGUCACUGGGAUGGUGGGCUGUGGGGCAGGGAGGUUAAGAAUUGGGCAGCUCUGAAGCAGGGCGAUGGACUUAGUGAACUUUCCUUGAUGUCUGAACUUUGGGAAGCCUUUACUGACCCUGGGGCUGGCUUUUGUGUUCCCUGUCUCAGUGGGAGGACAGAAAAAGGGAGCAAAGUGGUAGGUACUUUUUAUGGAGACGGCACGGUCUUCCCCUUCCCCCAGUCCCUAAUACUUCCCAAGUAAGAGGCUCGAGAGUCACUGCUUUUGACCUGGAGUUUGGGAGCCCUGUCUUUGCUGAGACCUGGGGUUGUCAAAUCUCACCUGAGGCAUCCAACAGCCUCCACCUUGCCUUUGGCCCCUCCCAGGCUGGCUGGGUGGCUCUGUGGCCACUUUUGUCCAAACACAUAGGUACCCAAUAGCUGCCCAUUUCCUGAGCCCCAUCUUCACCCAGGACCCUGUCGAUCCAUCCAGCUUGCCAGCUGCUGCAGUCACAAGCCUCGAGGUGCCUUCUUCAGGGUCUGGUUGAAGAAGAUGGCCAGUGGACAGCCUGCUCUUAACUGGCUGGGCCAGUGGGUCAGAAAACCCAGUAGCCCUUUCUUCUUGCCCUGGGGACCAAAGCUCUGCUUUCUCCCCAUUGAGACUUGCCUUCCUCAUCCUGUGGCUGUGGGGACGAGUCUGCAGCCUUGAGUGUGCCCUGUUGGGCUUUGUGUGAAGGCAGAGAAAAGGAAAAUGAUAUUAGAGUGACAUUAGCAGGAGCUAUUUUGGGCAUGUGGGCUUCAACUCCUACACAUCGCUGUUCAUGGUGGUGGGUGUGUGUUGGUGCUGGUCAUGGAUUGCAGCCCUGCCUGUGAAUGCCCCUGGGUGCUGGCAAGGAUCUCCCUGCUGCAAGACAUCUGUGCCAGUGGUCAGGUCUCUGUUCUGAAAUGAGCACAAAAUCUGUCCUAUGAAUUCUUUGCAAUUGGGAUUUUUGCUUGACUUCUGUUAUUGGUAGGAUCUCUAGGUCUCAAUAUGAUCCAGGAUCCAGCCCCACUUCUAGGGCAGGGGUAAUCUAGUCAGAGACCAGGCCUUGGCCAAGACCCAAACAUGCACAUUCGCUUAACAGAAACUUACACACCCCUUGAUUAUGCAGCUUCCAGUUCUCAAGGGUGUGCCUGGGAGGUUGGUUUAAUGCAAUAGGAGUGCCCCCCUCCAAAAGCUGUACAUGACAUUUUUGUAAAUCAAAUCCUUAUCAUUCAUCUUUUGAAGAAAUAACUACCACAAGUCCUUUUGUAAAGUGAAGAAUCCUUUUGUAGAGUGAAUCAUUGUUCCCUCAUUUAUUUCCUGUGUCAAUCCAGAUGGCGGGACAUGGUUUUCUUAAGGCUAGGCCUGUCUGUGACCUGCAUUCCAAGCCCAUGGGACAAACUGCACAGAAGUCCUGUAUAUCUGUCAUUGUACCCUUAAGUCAUCCCAGCUCUCUCCCACCAGGCCCUGCCUUUGAGCUCAGAAGGAAGACAUCAUAUGGCCCUGUCCUCUCAUGCAGGAACUCAUCACUGUGGCUAUCUAGAAAGCACCACUUACAGUUGAGUUUCAGCCCAGUGGCGGUCACUCACCGUGAUGGGGCCUUGAGUUCAGCCAUAUGCAGAUAGGGAAUGACCCCUGUUCCCUUCUCCUUCCUAUUAAGUUGUCAGGGCCAGUUCUUGGGCAUGGGGGCAAGGCGGUUAACCCCUGUAGCAUUCUGACUCUCUAUACCAUCCCAGACUCCAAAGAUCAUGUAGGGUGCAUUCCUUUCCAAUGCUUGGGAGAUCCCGUGAGGAGUCCUGUCUAAAGGUGGAGCAACUGUUCUGGGCUCUAAGGCUGUGUUUGCUUCCCAGGGGAUCAGCUUGACUUGGGAAUGAAAAGUGGCGUGGAUGUGUGGAUGGCUUUUAUGAGAUGGAUUACACAUUCUAUAAGGAAGUCAAGCUCCCGGUUCCCUCUUGUUUUAAACUUGGAGUAUGACUGGGAUAAAGUAUCUCUCUCACUGUCAGUUUCUCAUGCAUACCCUGGCUUGGCCCGUCUCCUAUGCUGUUGGGCAGACUGAAUGGGAGCAUGAAAGUAGAAGUGUUUUGAGACCAUAAAGACCUCUGUUCCCUUCAGUAUCAAUCCAGCAGUGGGAUUCCCCACCCUAGUCUGGGACCCAGGCAGUGGGCCAGUCUGCCUGACUGCAUAGCAUUUGGGUCGUUUACAUGGCAGACUACUUUUGCCUGCAUCAUCUGGAAUGUCCUCAUUUCUCCAGAUUGUCUUAAUUUCCAUCUCAUUCCAAGGCAAGGGAACAGGCAUGAGAAUGGAAGAGAUGUGGGAACACAGGCAGAAUGUGUAAAAUGUAAUGAACUACCCCAAACAGGCCUGGGGCGGGAAGGGCAAGGCUUCUAGGUCUUUGUAAGAACUAAAGAAGAUCCAGAAUGUUGGUUUUCAUGAUCCAUGCAUACCCCAUGCCCUUCUCCUUCCUCUGCCUCCUCCUCACUCAUGAAGAAAUGCAACAUUCCAAGGAUAGUAUCUGUACAAAAGGGGGAAAAUGUAAAGGUAAAACAAAAAUUUUUGAGGAGAACAAAGAUGAAUGUAAGAACUAGAGGGAAUCACAUCUUUUAAGAAAAAUUCAUAUUCUUUUAUUUUUAGUGUUCAAUGACAAGAUGGUACAACUUUUAUUCUUUUCCAAAAUUAAAACAAAGGGCAUAGAAUCUGUAGUCAGCUGUUUUGGCCUUUCGGGAGUGGGUCUAGCCGUACUGGUGACUCCGAUGGUACGUGACCCUCUGCCGACCCCUGCCGAAGGCUUGCCCCUGCCCGUGUACAUAGCGCACUGUCUCUGUGGGCGGGCCCAGCACUUUCCGUCAAUGUUGUACUGUAUGUGAUGAGUUGUGUUGGUCUCUGCAUUUUUCUGCAGAAGAGGAGUAACCGCUCCAGGUACCUUGACCUUUGUACAGCCCAGAGGCCAACACUGUGGGUGUGUGACUCUUUAGCAAAAAAACCCAUGUGGUGAUGACGUGUGUGUAUAUAUAAGGCUAUAUCGGGAAGAUUUCUAAAUAAAAGUUUUACAAAGGGGC